AUGAAUGGCGCAUCGGGAGCCAUGUCGCCUGUCUCUGUCGAUGGUAGCGAAUGGUCUGGACUGAAUCAGUAUGGAAAAUCCGACUCGCCCUUUUCCCCAACAUUCCCGCCAUCGCGUGCCAAUUUAGCCACACCCCCGACCUCCGGCAUCCCAAGCGCACCGUUAAGUCCCAGUGGGCCACCUCCUUCGCUCUCACCUUCUAAUUUGAGCGGCAAUCCAUCCCCACCCAGUUCGGUUGCUGCAAGAUCUAGUUCCGGCACACUAGGAGAUGGCCAACGCGACGGAAGACGGUAUCGUCAGAUGGAGGAGAUUCUGGGUCAACACUAUGUAAUCCUGAAAAGAUUCUUGAAUGGCACAGCCCGUGACGAGCGUGGCAAAUCGAACAAAGCCCGGGACAAACUACUCAGGCUGUCGCCAACCCAGUUCCAUGAACUUUCGACCGACGUUUACGACGAAUUGAUCCGGCGGCAACAGGCUUCGCCGCCCCCCGGGCGGCCGCCUCGCACAGAUGUGCCUCCCUUCCUCCCUCCUCGCGAAGAUUUCCACGAAAAGCGCAACCAUGCUCGCCAGAAGCUUGCCGCACUUCACCACGUGCGAUUCCGAGACCUAGCGACCGAUGUAUUCUGUGAAUUAGAGCGCCGCUUCCCACACUUCACCAGUCGAGAGUACCGCGCCCGGCCGCCCCCCAAUAUGGGUCCCCCUAGCGCUCGCACGUCGCAGUCUUCCCGGGGACCUCCUUCGCGCAUGGGACGAGGAUACCCGUCUGGUGGUCCGCCCAGCCCCUUCCCUCCUCGUGGCGGCUCUCUUGGAGGCCCGCCGAGCAUAAACGGAGAUGGUCCGUUCCCUCGGUCUUUCCAAAGCAACACUAUGGUUCCGAAUAAAAGUACAAUGGUUGAGGAUAGCGAUGAUAUGGGACCAGAAGAUGAGGAUGAUGCUCGGAGUGACGCGUUCGCUCUCGAUGCUGUUCUCAGCCGGCGCGGUACUACAACGACGUUGGGCGAGAGUGAACGGAGGUUGUUGCUGGAGAGCCAGACGCAGGUAUCAGCUCUUCAGGAGAAGAUUGAGAAAUUGGAAGAAUUGGUUCGCUCCAAGGAUGAGGAGCUGGCACAGUCGUCCCAGGAUGCAGACUCCUCCGGGAUCAGUCAUAAUGAGCGCCAUGAGUGGGACGAGUUGCGACUCGAGCUCGAGACUAAAGUAACAAAGGCUGAGGACCUCAACAGCUCGCUCCAGCUGGAGCUUGAGCGGGUUCGGACAGAGCACGAAACCAUGGAACAGGAUCUUCGCAGUCAGCUCAAUGACUCGUCUCGGGGCGUCGAUGAUGCGGGUUUGCAAGCUCGCUAUGUUGAUCUGGAAAAUAAGCACCAGAGUUUGCAAGAAGAAUUACAGCAUCAGCAACAAGUGACCGAUGAGGUCCGCCGGGAGGCAUCGACUUUCCUUAUGGAAAUGAAGGCCCUCUCAGCCGAGAGCCACUCCAAUUGGGAGCGUGAGGAGCAACUCUCCAACGAGGUCCACAGGCUCGAGGCCGAUGCCAAUGAAUGGAAGCAUCGCUACGCCAAGGUCAAGGCACAGCUGCGGCAUCUUCGCGCCUCAUCCGGUGGCUUCGCCGAAUCGCGGCCUGACGCAAGUGUCCUCGCCAAAGAGCAUGAGCUGGUGCAGGCCGACGGGGUGGUCAAGGAUAUUCAUGUUACCAAGUUCCAAAUGUCUAUUGACGAGCUCUUACGAGUCGCGCGUUUCGAAGAAUCUCCUGUGGUACUUCGUCAGAACAAGAUGGUUAUUGUCGCAGUCCGCCAUAUUCUCCAAGAUCUUGAAUGUUCCCCGAUUCCGGUCGAUGGAUCAGCUGCUCUGCGCGCAAAGGUGAAAGGCCAAGUGUCUACUACAGCCAACAACUUGAUUACUGCCACGCGCAACUUUUCCAGCUCCAGUGGUCUAUCUCCAGUGUCGCUUCUUGAUGCUGCGGCCUCUCAUGUCUGCACUGCUAUUGUUGACCUAAUUCGUGUGGUCAAGAUCAAGGCCUCGCCCGUGGAUGAGCCGGAGGACGAAGAGGAUGAGGAGGAUGCGUCCCAGGAACAAUUCCCUGAUUACUUUGAUACAUCUGCCAGUCAAAAGCGGAUGAGCAAUAAUUCCGUCUACAGUGCUAUCAGCCGUCCGGAUGACUCUCAAUACCCUGUACAAAAUGGAACCGGUAAUGAUCUCAAUCAGGGCUGGGGGCAUGUGCAAGAGGAUCACGAGGUGUUGGAGCUCAAGCUCUACGUCGAGGACCAGACUGAUGGUAUGGUCCAACAAAUCCAGGCAUUGGUGGCCAGCAUCCGAGCCGAGGACAACUUGCAUAGUGUCCAAACGCACGUCUCUGCGAUUUCAAAUGUUGUUGCGAACGUGGUUUCGGCUACAGAGCACCUGAUGCGCGAACGUAGCGGGGACGUCAGUUUGCGCCAGGCGUCUGAACCCGUCAUUGCUGCAUUAGACCAGUGCCGUGGCCGAUUGGCGACCACUGCCAGUGAGGGCGAAGAUGCGACGAGCCCCGAGCAAUUGCGGGAGUUGACGAAUAAGCUGCCCCCCAUUGCAUUUGAGAUUGCUCGGCAAACCAAAGAUCUUGUUCAGCGCCUCGAGGCCGCGUCCACCCCUGCUGACGAGGAAGAUGACUUCCGGUGA